AUGGAAGAUGUUACAGCGAGUUCAGCUUCUGAAGGAGGCCUUUCGGUGCUGCUUUCUGCUUGUGCUCCUCCACUUAGUCUCGACGAAGACUUCGGUCUUGGAUGGGACUGUAUAGAUACGAAGAAGGAUGUGAAAGAUGAAAUACUCGAUGAUUUUGACUCAUUCGCCAACUCGCCAUUGUCUCACCUCGGUCUCGAGUCCGAGUCUUCUUCGCCUUCAUCGUUUUCCUCACUGGAUUUAGACUCCGAUCCCUGUGACAAUUCCCUCUCUGGAUUCUCCUAUAAUGAGGUCCCCUCCCCUCUGCUUGGCAUGCCAGAUCCGACGAUGCCUGCUGUAACAAUGAACGACUCGUUAGCGUCGGCGGCAGUUCCCGCCCGAAGACCAGUAAUGGUUCGGAAACGAAUGCAUGAGUGUUCGAUGGUUUGCUGGCUUUUUCGCACGUUGUUAACCUCAGAAUAUCGCGCGUUGCCUUUGAAUGCGAUAUUCGAAAUUUUCGAAGAUACUAACCCGUCUUCUGCUCAUGGUCGUCACUGGCGCCAGUCAAUACGACAUUGUUUGAUGUCUUCUGCUGGAUUCGUCAGAGUCCUAACUCCAAAUCCCCGCAAAGAUUUCCUUGUCAUGAAUGAGGCAGGCUCGUGGUGGACGGUGCAUCCGGACUGCGAGGUCGCAUGUGCUGAGGAAGUGUUUCGUCCAGGUCUUGCUCACCGAUGUCCACCAAACGGUGGAGGCGUUGUCAGGAUGAAAAUGUAUCAAAUAGACGACACUAGCGAAAUAAUCUAUCGAGACAAUGCUCGUGGAAAAUGGACUAACGAAAGGAUAUAUGCACGACGUAGAUUACCUUACGAAAGACCGAGGAAGAACUCAUUUCCACUGAAGCCGUCGACAAUAUCGUUGUUUCCUCCAAAACCUCAUCACUUAGCUUCAAAAUCGUUGGCGCAUCUGCGCCCCUCGCAUGUGAACCCGCAGCGGGGCGACCAUUUUGUAAUUGACCACGAAGAAGAGGUUUCUUAA